GGUGUUUAGAUAUAAUAGGCAAGUGACAGGCUUGUCUCUGGGACUCUGAGGCCUGGAGAGUUGUGGUGCCCCAGAGGAGAGUUAAAGAAUAAACAGUGUAUGUGCUGAGCAUAGAUGGAGUUAACAAGAGAAUAUCGAACAAGGUUGGUGAAACCCCAAGUUUAUAUUCAGAAAUCACAGGUAUCAGGUGAAACAGACUGCCUUGCCAGCCGUGGACCAGCUGCUUGCUUCAUAGACACUAGGGAACACAUUGAAAAUCCAGAUUCCUUCCUAACCUUCUAAAUAAGACUGUAGGAAUGUGGCCAAAGAUAUAUUUUUAGCAGCCUCCUGUGGUGAUACUAAUGCCUAGACAGAUUAGAAAGGGAGCUGAGCAUCCUCUACCUGGUAGUUCAGCUUAGAAUGGCAUGUUGGAGCCACCCUGAUGACGUGAUUAUUACACUUUUAGUUAGUGCUUAUACUACAUGCCUACUCUACACUAGAGGCUUUACAUGUGUAGUUCUUACCACAGUACCAUUAUUCCUCUUUCCCAAAUGAGGCAGGUAAGUUAAAAGUGAAGUGGCUUGGGGCUGGGGUUGUGGCUCAGUGGUAGAACACUCGCCUAGCAUGUGCGAGGCCCUGGGUUCGAUCCUCAGCACCACAUAAAAAUAAAUAAAAUAAAGGUAUUGUGUCCAACUACAACUAAAAAAUAAAUAUUAAAAAAAAAAUGGGGCCAACCAUGUGGGGUGGGCUUCUGUGGGGCGCUGCCCAUGGUCUGUGGGCUGGCCAGGCUGUUGGCGCAGCCCGUGGGUCCCUAAGCUACAGUAGCCCGCCACUGGAGGAGCUGGUCGCCCGUGGCAGGCCUUUAUGGACCUUCCUCCAGCGCCAGGCAGUGUCAGAAAGCCAGUUACGAUUCAGGAGGCCAGAUUUGGUAGUGGUCACCAAAUUCCUGAGCGAGAAGGAGCAGGAGCUGUGGGAGACCAAGCACUUGCUGCAUGAUGAAAAUGAAGAUUUAAGGAAACUUGCAGAGAAUGAAAUAACUUUGUGUCAAAAAGAAAUAACUCAGUUGAAGCAUCAGAAGAAACUGAUGAAAGUGAUUUGAUCCUGGAGGUAACUGCAGGAGUUGGGGGUCAGGAGGCCAUGUUGUUUACUUCUCAGAUGUUUGAUAUGUAUCAGCAAUAUGCUGCAUUUAAAAGAUGGCAUUUUGAGG